UAUCUGGAUCGACUGAAGCGACGAGCCGGUUAGCCUGGCUCCUUAGCAAGGUCCGUAGUUGACACAGGCGAAGAGUGGACAGAGGAUAAGGAGAGGAACUUAAAAAGAAAAGAAAAGCAAAAUUUUGCAAAAGGGUAUAAUAAAAAUGGCGGUCGGAGACGGGCAGAUGCUGGGGGACGAGACGGUGGAUUCUCUGACGAUAAUAUCACCGAGUUCAAUACUUUUGAGUGGGCCGGGCAGCGGUGUAAUAUGCAACACGAUAUCGAAGCACAAUAACAAUGGACUUAUGCCGAACGGAAAACCGAUCGAAAUUGUUUCGAACGGUAAACCACAGGCUGGCGAUAAAAAUUCAAACGGCACAACCACCGUAGAAUUUUCUGACGAAGAUGUCAGCUGCGGAUGGGGAAGUCUCUUUACACCUAAGUGGAUGCAGUGCUUUGCUUCGAAACAGGCAUUCUUAGUCAUCUUUUGUAUCACCUGGGUCCUCCAGGGUAUGUACUACACCUAUUUCGUAUCUGUAAUAACAACGAUAGAGAAGUUGUUUCAAAUACAGUCCAAAACUACGGGUAUAAUAAUGUCGGCAACCGAGAUCGGGCAAAUCGGUUCGUCGCUUCUGUUGACUUACUACGGGGGUCAAGGUCACAGGCCUAAAUGGAUCGCGUGGGGGAUGAUUUUGUUCGCUGUAAGUUCCUUCUCCUGUUCCAUGCCGCACUUCAUAUUCGGUGAUAAGCUUAUGCGGCAAAAUGAAAUGCUCCACACGAACGGCCUCGUUCCACCAAACUUAUGCAAACUUGACGACCAAUGGGAUGCAAACACGACGAGGGAUACUACGUCGGUGAUGCGGAAUCUGUCUUCAACUUACUGCAAGGAAGACUUCUUAGAGGAACAGAGGAUACAGAGCAAAAUCACGAUGAUAGUUUUGGCUAUAUUUUUUGUCUCUUUACUCGGCGUCGGGAUGGGACAGACGGCCGUUUACACUCUUGGGAUUCCUUAUAUCGACGACAACGUUGCUAGCAGAGAGAGUCCUCUCUAUUUUGCAAUCACAAUCGGCGUGAGAAUACUCGGACCAGCUCUCGGUUUUAUACUUGGAUCGCUCUGCACAAUGUUGUACGCGGAUUUGUCCGUAACUCCGGAAAUUACGCCUUCAGAUCCGCGGUGGGUGGGUGCCUGGUGGCUGGGUUUGGUACUCGUUUCGGCGAUGCUACUGUUGGCCAGCGUUGCUAUGUUCGCAUUUCCUCGUCGCUUGCCGUCUAGCAAAGCACCGCUUCGGCGUGAUGAUGCGAACAAGCCGAGUCUCAAAGACUUUCCAAAAGCUGUCAAAAGGUUACUCAAGAAUGAUAUACUCAUGUUUCGAACUGCGAGCAGCGUCCUGCAUAUUUUACCUAUCGCUGGCCUCUACACUUUUCUACCAAAAUAUCUGGAGAGCCAAUUCCGACUUCCAGCUCAUCAUGCUAAUAUGAUUUCAGGAGUUGGAGGUAUCCUUGUCAUGGGCCUUGGUAUAGUGCUCAGCGGAGUAUUUAUUCUGAAAAUGAAACCCAAUGCCAGACUAGUCGCUGCCUGGAUCGCCUUCACAGCUAUCGUAUAUGCUGUUGGCAUGGGGAUUUUGAUGUUCAUCGGAUGUCCGAUGGAUGAUUUUGCAGGACUUGUGUUACAUCCCGAACAGAAAGUUGAAGAUAAAAACGUCUUCAGGAUGUCUAGUUUUGCACUGACCUGUGAAACAGAUUGCGAAUGUGAUUACAACAGAUUUAGCCCGAUCUGUGGAUCUGAUGGUAAAACUUACUACUCGGCAUGUCACGCGGGCUGUUCUAACUACGUUGUUGAAAACGAUAAAGUAGUUUCCUAUUCGGACUGUCAGUGCAUCGAUCAGAAUUCUACUCACCCCGAUCCACUGGACACUGCAACAAUUGGUUACUGUGAUUUAGACUGCAACAACUUCUGGGUCUACAUGAUUCUAUUCUCAGUCUUUGUUUUCAUUCAUUCUACCAGUGAAGUUGGCUCCAUGUUACUGAUACUCCGAUGUGUCGACCCUAGGGACAAGGCCAUGGCUUUGGGGUUGAUACAAUUCGCAAUUGGCCUUUUCGGUAACGUUCCUUGCCCCAUAGUUUACGGUGCUGUUGUAGACUCGGCUUGUCUUGUGUGGGAAGUUGCGUGCGGUGAACGUGGUGCCUGUUGGCUCUACGAUUCUAACAUAUUCCGAAUGUUUUAUCAUGGUACUACGGGCGGUAUUUUGCUGUGCGCAUUCAUUACUGACCUUGUCGUAUGGUACAAAGCAGGCAGUAUAAACUUUGCGGACGAGAACGAGGAAGGAACGGCAGAGGAAAUGGUGAAUUUGAAGAGGUCGGAUCGACAACGGGCACCCGAGAACGAUUACCUGUAAACGGUAAAAAAAAAACCGACAAGGAAGAAUUCCUUCGGCGAGGCGAUGGAAGACAAGGCAGAGAUUGCAUUUCUUGUUGCUUUUUUAAAUUACAUAUAUACAUACAUGAAUCAAAGACAAAGGUGCUUGUGAAAUGGUAUUGUACUCGUUGUACGAUCCAUUUUGUACGUGAGAACUUGUGUUUUUAAACGUUGGAACUGCGCUUCGGGUAGUCGAGCGAAUGACGGUCAACCGUUAUUAUCAUUUAAAUGAUAUAUUGGCGUCAAUCACGCCUAUAGACGGUUACUACAACGACAUUUUAACAACCUGUUAUACGAGUCUCAUUUGGUUUACUAAAA